AUAUUUUUCUCUCAUUGUUCCAUUAUUUCUCAGUAUGCAUCUCUCUUUAUCUCCUUUACUUUAUUGUCGCUUUUAAGCCUUCAAUUUGCUCAUAAACUAAAUAGACAAUACCAAAACAACAACAAGAAAAAACCCCUAAAUAAUAAUGUCUUCGGACCAUCGCAUACCGACGAAAGAUCCACCGGAACAUCCAUCUUCGUCCUCCAACCACCAGAAGCAACUUCCUCCUCAACCGCAACCGCUCAGCCGCUACGAGUCGCAGAAACGCCGCGAUUGGAACACGUUCAUCCAAUACCUAAAAUCGCAGAAUCCACCGUUGGUGAUGUCUCAGUUCGAUUACACGCACGUGCUAAGUUUCCUAAGGUACUUAGAUCAGUUUGGUAAAACCAAAGUACAUCAACAAGCUUGUGUCUUCUUCGGACAACCCGAUCCACCAGGAGCGUGCACGUGUCCUCUCAAACAAGCUUGGGGAAGCUUAGAUGCUUUGAUCGGACGGCUAAGAGCUGCUUACGAGGAACAUGGUGGCGGGUCACCGGAUACUAACCCAUUUGCAAACGGGUCGAUCCGGGUUCACUUGAGGGAAGUGAGAGAAUCUCAAGCCAAGGCUCGUGGGAUUCCGUACCGGAAGAAGAAGAGGAGGAAGAUCAAAGACGACGCAGAUGUUGUUGUCAAGAAGGUUGCUGCAAACUCUUCGUCGACUCAGAAUUAGUCGUCCACUUGAUAAUGUUUCAUAUAAAAGAUUUCCAUAGGUAAUCUAAAUUUAAGCUCUUUUGAUUUUUUUUUUCUUAAGAUUGAUAUGAUCUGUUUUAAUUGGAAUUAUUCUCUCUGAAUAACUUAGACCACAAAACUCAAAAUAUCAGAUGAAUAAUAAUUGAUUGGUUCAAUCAAAACUGUCUGAUCGUUUCUAUUGCCAUUAACCCUAAUCAUGAGUUAUU